GCAGAAGAUGUUCUGUAUAUCAUAGGGAUUCAAUAUGGCACACAAGAGAAGGACUGCCACAGUAGAUUCCAGCGCCUCUUUUUUAUAGCAGAAGACCGCGGCGUCGGGCGCAUAGUUGGGAUGAAAAGCACUGCGGAUACACCAAGAAAGUCGUUCUUGUUCUUUGCUGGACUUGUUGCAAUAUAUCUGACAUUUAAUUCGCUUCUCAAUCUCUCAAACAAAUGGGUCCUUUCCAGCAGCACUGGUUAUGGCUUCACGUUCCCGUUGGCACUGACAUGCUGCCAUAUGGGAUUCAGCUUUCUGGCUUUGCUUCCUUACAUGCUCGGCAAGUCCAUGCGGGGUACACAUAGGAAGUCCAUUGAGAAGCAAUGGAAGGGCCUCGUGGCCAUCGGCGUCCUAAUGGCUGCCAAUAUAGCAUUCAACAACAGCAGCCUUGUCAACAUGAGCCUUUCAUUGAAUCAGAUCAUCAGGGCUUCAAUUCCAGUGGUGACAGCAAUAGUGGCGGUGGUGGUGGAGCAUCAGGUCCCAGGCAAGGGAGAGGCAGCUGGACUGCUGGUACUCACAGGCGGCGUCAUGCUUUCGGUGUAUGAGGGUACAGCAGUGGGCAGCCCAUAUGCAAUCUUCUGCUGCAUAGCGGGGACAGUGUGCAACGGGGCCAUGAUGUCUUUCUCAGGCAGGCUCCUGGCUGAGAAGCUGGAUGUGUUGCGGCUGGCAUUCUACACUGCGCCUGUCUCCCUCGGCGUUCUCCUGCCAAUAUUCUACCUGUCAGAGGCGCAGCGAAUCCAGCAGUACAUGGCGAUCAACGGGCGGGAUGUGUACAUCUUAGUCAUCCUGAGCAGCAUGCUGGCGCUGUCGUACAACAUAGUGCACUCGCUCAUGAUCCUGCACACUUCGGCUGUGGCCACCACAGUCAUCGGCGAGGCCAAGAUCAUCGGCCUCCUGAUCCUCUCCUACUUCCUCCUGGGUGAAAAGAAAGUGUUCACACCAAACUUGUGGAUUGGAUGCGUGGCAGCCAUCGGGGGUUUCUGCUUGUACUCCCACUUUAAACUUCGAGCCAUCCAAUCCAAGGCUGCGCAAGAUGGGCCUCGGGAUGCGGCUGAUGCAGAGGCGCACCCCUUGAUCCCAGCUGCAACCCAGCUGACAAAGUUGUCACCGAGGUCGCCGGAAAGCAGAGUGUGAACAGCAGCACAAGCUGCACAACCGGAGGAACUUCCACACAACAACCUGUUUUGGAACAGCAAAUGUUACCGGGACUGUUCGGCGUGCGCUUCAAAGAAUGAACUCUGUCUCCGGUUGCUGUAGCAAGCAGUGGUAUAUUAUCCCUGCAAGGGAUGUGAUUGUGCCCUGGACGUACAAUUAUAUCUUCUGCAUUUACUUUCCCAGGGCAACAUGUCUGACAUCAGUCAUUUGUAUAUGAUGUGUGCUUAAUAUGAACGUGUGUAUGGUAGUGGUGAUCAGAGGUGCUGCAAUGCUCUCUGACUUUCUAUUUCAUUCAGCCAUAUUUAGAUUUAUAUGGUUUUCAUUUGGUUGCAAUCAACUUACUUAUGGAAGUGUUGCUGGCAUGUACAUGUCAAGCUAGUAAGUACAAGUACAGCGCAAUUUGCCUGACAUGAUGUGGCCACUUUGAGAUAGAGGCCCAACCAUCCUGCAAAAAUCCUUGAAGGACAAAACUCUGACAGCGUUCUCACUCACAGCUGCACUUCCAGAACCUACUAGCUAAAGGUGACCGCACAACUCGUCUUGUAAGAUCAUGACGCCUACCACCAUUGUAAGCAGGCGGAAAUGUACCUCAAAAAUUAAUGUUCCCUGACUUCAUCUACCUACUGGCAGAGCCUACCUACCAUCCCAGCCUUGCCAAUCUACCCCGCUCACUCUAUAAAGAACUGGCUAGGACAAGGCUAAACUAAUAGUCAGAGCAAAAGGGGACCAUUGUUGCCCCGCCCCUGUUGAAUGAAUGUCCUCUUCCUAGAGACCAGAUGAGUGGCACCUAAAGAAUUGCCUGCAUGUGCAGGAAAUAGACAUCGCAACCCCAACACCAAGUUUCAAGACGUUCAUCAGCGCUGCACUGAGCGUGCGGCCCCAACAAACCCGGGAAUAAAUGCAAACAAUUGGCCUAAUGAACUACCUUUCCUAAAGCAAUUGCAGUGUCCCAAUACUCUUGCAACCACCUCACUGUUCCAAAUACUUACAAGACUUGCUAAACGUGUCAACCUUCCACUUAUUGCUUUGUGUCGUGUACCUGAUUCCUGAAUGAGUUUCCAACGCUGCGAGGGGGGUCUCAGCGCUCAGACAGCUUGAUCUUGAGGGCGCGGGUGAGCUGCGAAAACUCGCUGUCCGCAUCUGCAGGGCCGCGCAUUGACUCGAAGGUCA